UGUGUAUAGUGAUCAUUGUUCCAUGUUAGUGGGUGUGUUUAUGGAUUGUAUUUCAUAAAUUUUCUUAACCCAAGUUGCAAAAUCAGCUGGAUUGGUUGAGGGUUUAUUAGUUAGGUCAGGUAAUGAUGCAUGUGUGUUUUUAUGCUGUUAUUUUCUGCUUUCUCUUGUUAUAGCGCAGGUUGACUUUAGUCGAAUAUAGAUUGAUUGGAGAUUUUUAGUUGUAAGGUUAGCCUUGUUAGAGUUAUGUCCCAUUUGAACUUGUACUCCUCAAUUAGAGAUCUUAGUUUUGGUUUGACUGUAUGGUAUUCAUAAAUCAACUGUGUACGGGGUAGUUGGUUAGAGUGUUUUAGUGUAAUAUGCGUAUUGGAUCAGUGUAAUAGGAGUCUUAUACUUGUGCAAGUACAAUGGUCUGUCAUGUUAUAUUGUAUUUGUAAGGGGAUGUCUGAUUGACCAGCAUACAUGUUUACUAUUAAGUUUAUGCCCUCAAGUUUUAAAACUACUCAAUCAAGAAGAACUUCUUUCUGCCUUCGUUAGUGCACUGUGUAGUUGAGCUUCUCUUUUCCCACCUUUUCUGAGUAGAUAUAGAACACAAAGUUCAACUACAUGGCGUGGAGGGGGGUUUUCUAUGUUUUCUUCAUGCUCCUCUCAGUGGCCGAGUCUUCAAGUCAGUCAGGGAAAGUUUGGUCGGUCAACCUUGGAGGUGAAUUGAUCUAUAGCUGGCCAGUUCUCACUGCUGGAGUAUCUGUUCUUGUUGCUCUUUCUCUAUCUUUGUUUCUUAUAUUCGAGCAUAUAGCUGCUUAUAAUCAGCCCGAGGAACAGAAAUUUCUGAUCGGAAUCAUCCUCAUGGUGCCUGUUUAUGCAUUAGAAUCAUUCUUAUCGUUAGUGGAUCCGAAUUCAGCAUUUAUCUAUCAAACAAUGCGGGAUUGUUAUGAGGCGUUUGCUUUGUACUGCUUCGAGAGAUACUUGAUUGCUUGCUUAGGUGGUGAGGAUAGUACAAUUAAAUUUAUGGAAACACACGGCCAAAUCAAUUCCAACACGCCUCUCUUAGAAGUAGCAUAUGGAGAUGGAGUUGUUAGGCACCCAUUUCCACUAAAUUGCUUUUCAACCGGGUGGUACCUUGGUCCUGAGUUCUAUCAGGCUGUAAAAAUCGGCAUUGUUCAAUAUAUGUUAUUGAAGACAAUAUGUGCGCUGCUGGCAAUUGUUUUUGAACUCUUUGGGGUGUAUGGAGAAGGGAAGUUUGAAUGGAAAUAUGGGUAUCCCUAUCUGGCAGUUGUUCUAAAUUUCAGUCAAACAUGGGCCCUUUAUUGCCUUAUACAGUUUUAUACUGUUAUUAAGGAGAAGUUGGCACCUAUCAAUCCCCUUGCUAAGUUUUUGACGUUCAAAUCAAUUGUAUUUCUAACAUGGUGGCAAGGUGUUGCUGUUGCGAUUCUCUUCUCCAUGGGUAUUUUUAAAGGGUCUUUGGCUCAACAGCUGAAAACAAGUAUUCAAGAUUACAUCAUCUGCAUUGAGAUGGGCAUAGCUGCUGUGGUGCAUCUUCAUGUUUUCCCAGCUAAACCAUACAUGCGUGGGGAUAGAUGUGUACGUAAUGUAGCUGUACUGGAUGACUAUGCAGCACUGGGAACCCUUCCAGAUCCAGAAGAGGUUCGAGAUAGUGAAAGAUCUACUAGGAUGAGCCCUUCUAUCCCUCAUGAUAUAGAGAAAAGAUUAAGUUUCCCACAGAGUGUCCGUGACGUGGUCCUUGGAAGUGGUGAAAUUAUGGUAGAUGACAUGAAGUUCACAGUUUCACAUGUAGUAGAACCAGUGGAGCGGGGAAUUGCAAGGAUACACAACACAUUCCAUCAGAUUUCUGAAAAUGUGAAGCGGCAUGAGCAGCAGAAGAGGAAUUCUAAGGAUGAUAGUUUUCUAAUCCCCUUGCAAUCAUGGUCGAGGGAAUUUUCAGAAGCACAUGAUCAUAUUCUUGAAGGGAGUGUCAGUGAUAGUGGGUUGGCAGGUGGAAGGAGACCCUAUUCCCAAACCAGAGCUCCAACUUCUAGGCUGAAAGAUAGAUAGUUCUUAUGAACAACAUCCUGUAAGGGUCACAGCGGGAUGAGGAGGUUGAAGACUCCACUAAUAUCUUUUACUGACAAACAAAAAGAAAAUACACACAGACGCUCAUAUGGCUGAGAAGAUCUGAUCAAAGCUACACUGUAUAGCUAGGUAGUCUAUGAAAAUUUUGCCAUUCAAUAUUUAGUUUGGGAACACUCAAUAAUUAGGUCCUAACUUCGUCUGUAACACAAACUUUUGAACUUGUACAUUCCUAUAAUAUCCUGGUGGAUUCUUUGUUUUCAUAAUGAAAACUUUCUGCAUCUCCAGAACAAGUUUCCACAAACCAUCAUUCUGAGCUCCCUUUUUUUAGACAUAGUCAUUAUUGUGGGAGAUCAGUUCAAGGUUAUAUCCGUGCAACUCUUACUAAUAUUCAGAUUAAUGUCAAUUUUUUGUUCUUGCU